GUUGAGAUGCAUGUGAACGAAUGGAACGCUGAGCUGCCUCAUGGCCGCUCCGCGUUUGCUCGCUUCUCUGCCCAUCUCCCCCCCCUCUCUGUCUCUACCCUCACCACAAUGUCCCAAGUACUCUUCUCUUACUGUCCUCAGACUCUCUAUGGGGAAGGCUGCACGGAUCCUGACUGCACGUUAAUCCACGACGCGAAGUAUUGCAAGCUCUGCGCUGUCAUCUGCGAACCGGCUUUGGCGUACGAAUCUCAUUGUACCACCGAUGCCCACAUCAAGCAACGGAACAGGCCGCGCUGGUUACAUUGCCCAAUCUGUAACGUCUCACUCCCCACUCCAGGCUCCUGGUCCUCGCACGCGAACGGACGGGCUCAUCAAAGAUGUGCUGUGAAGCGAGGGCUUAAUCCAUCCCUCGUGAAGCCCGUGGAACCCCCUAGCAACUCCCCGCAAUCAAGGUACUGUGAGACUUGUGAGCUCACGGUGGCCUUUGAUGCUUGGACGGUGCACAGAGGUGGUAAGUCGCAUCGCCUUCGAGAGCAACAUGCCCUCUUCAGGGCAUCCAUCGGGAGAGCAACUCAGGACCGAGGAGUCAGCGUCUCACACGAAGACGGUCUCGACUUCGGUAUCGUCAGCCUAGCUGUAGCGAAAGCCGGUGUCAACGCCGAAGUGGUAAUCACUACUAGCACUACCUCUCCUGUGUACGAGGUCUUAGCCAGCAUACACUCCGGUGUAACCGGGAAGCUCAGAAGCAAGAAGAUAAAAUCGCCAUUUUCCACAGCAUUGGAUCGUAACGACGUACCCCCUGCUUAUUCCCUGAGCCUCCCGAUUCGCUUCACGGGCCUCAAUCGCGGUCGCUACGAGGAACACUUGGUGAUCGCCUUCCAAGCUGUGAAUGGCGCUAGCUUCGUCAUUGUCAGAAGAUUGCGAGUGACUGUGGGCGAUGCUGCAGACCACGAGUCCUUGAAGCCAGUAACCCCUUACAUCCGUAGUCGUCGCGUACAAUGGCGGAAGGAUUUACCAACAGUCUCGGGCGAGCGCCCAUCCUCAUUCCUUGCAGCUCAAUACAUCAGAAAAUUACCCGAAGCGCGAAUCCCUGUAGAGCUCGGAGAUAUUUUGAAAUCUGGCACUCCCCAAGACGUCGAGACGCGCAUACGGGAGAAAUACUUCUCGGAGCCUUUGUCGCUGGCCACCCAUGCGUCGCACUUCGCCAAUCUUCUGUGGAUAGAGGAGGACCGCAUGGUGGAGGACCUGCGACGAUACGACAUGUCGGAUGUUAUCUUCACGAAAGAGGGCAGAUUGCACUCCCUCAGGGUCCCUGGAUUGGCCGAGAAGAGGCCAAGCGUCAUGAUUGGCGAUGCGAUCAACGUCCAAGCUGCGAACGGGGCUGACGAGCGGACGUAUAAGGGCUUCGUGCACGACGUCUAUAUGGAGACAGUCCGAGUCAGCUUCCACGAGUCAUUCAAGGCCGAAGGAAGACGCUACAAUGUCUCCUUCCAAUUGAACCGUAUUCCGCUCAGGAGGCAGCAUCAGGCAUUGGACGCGUCCGCUCCCGAUCCUCGGCGCCUUCUGUUUCCACUUCCUGGACAGCAAGGCCUUGGACGUGCUCUUGGUCAAGACGAACAACCCGUGACUUUCUUUAACCCCCUGAUUGCGGCGAACCCUGCUCAGACAUUGGCGGUGAAGUCUAUCCUCCAGCUUCGCCCUGGCGCUGCGCCGUUCGUUGUCUUUGGACCACCUGGUACGGGAAAGACGGUCACUGACGUCGAGGCAAUCCUUCAGAUUCUCGAUCGCGACAAGGAUGCCAAGAUCCUUGCAUGUGCCCCUAGCAACAGUGCCGCAGACAUCAUUGCCCUUCGACUUUCCGCCACGUUCACCACGGCAGAGAUGUUUAGAGCUAACGCUCCCUCUCGCGACCCCCGUUCUGUUCCUGAAGCCCUGGAGCCGUAUACCCUCCACUUGACCUACCGUUACGGCUUCCCGCCCCUUGAGGAUCUCAAGAAAUUCAGGGUCAUCGUGUCGACAUGUGGCAACGCGUCGUUCGCGUACAACGUCGGUAUCGAGCGGGGUCACUUUUCCUACAUCUUCGUCGACGAAGCUGGUCAAGCGACGGAGCCGGAGGUCCUCACGGCAGUCAAGACCAUGUCCUCAAAGGAUACUCGAAUCGUCCUAUCUGGAGAUCCGAAGCAGUUGGGGCCGAUCAUUCGCUCGAGCAUCGCCAGGGAGCAGGGCUUAGGUGUCAGUUAUAUGGAACGGUUGCUGGAACGGCCCGUCUACGAUGCACAGACUGGGCGCGGGCUUUCAUGGGUGAAGCUCCUGCAGAAUUACAGAUCGCACGAGGCCAUCCUACACUAUCCUAACGAAAAGUUCUACGACAACGAGCUUCAAGUGUGCGGAGCCCACGGUACCGUGAAUUCGUUCCUGGGCUCCUCGCAGUUAGCGUCUCCGGAGUUCCCCGUUGUGUUCCAUGCACUCGCAGGACACAACGAUCGCGAGUCAACAUCGCCGUCGUAUUUCAACAUUGACGAAGCCUCGGAAGUGAAGGCAUACGUCCAGGCCCUCUUGGCCGAUCGCCAGUAUCCAAUCCAGGCGAAGGACAUCGGCGUGAUCACGCCAUACCACGCUCAAGUACGCAAGAUUCGCAAGCUGCUCCGCGACGCAGAUAUCCCAGACGUGGACGUCGGAAGCGUCGAGAUCUUCCAAGGGCAAGAGCGCAGGGCGAUCAUCCUAUCCACUGUCCGGAGCAGCGCCGAUCUCCUCGCAUACGACGCGAAGUUCACCCUGGGAUUCGUCUCUAAUCCUCGUCGCUUCAAUGUUGCCAUCACUCGCGCUCAAGCGCUCCUGAUUGUCAUCGGCGACCCCGGAAUCCUCUGCUUAGACCCCAUCUGGCGGGGUUUCUUGAACUAUGUCUAUUUGCACGGCGGAUGGCGUGGCGACCCACCGACUUGGGAUGUCAAUGUCCCUGUUAGAGACGAUGCGGACUACUUUGACGAGCUGCAGGAGGCCCUGGCAGCAGAGAUGGGUGUGUUCAUGUCGCGCCUUCCGUCGGAGGGCGAGGAUUUGGAAGGCGACGCGAAUGUCGAGAGGGAGUUCCAAGAGACGGAAUAAACUCAAUAUCGCAUUGAAGUCUUACCUCAUAAUUUGCGAGAUCUAGUACUUGUACACUAUUCUUGAUGAUGCUACAUGUAUUAGCACGAAUACCGCUCAUGGGAAGCUGCACUGCUGGGUAUCGACGAUACAUGACAAGCGGAGACGUCUCACCAAUGGAAGGCAUUCUACACAUCUAGGGGCGAUCUGAGACAUCGAAGGAGACACCAAAGGAGACAUCGCUCUCCGUGCUUUCAUCUGAAAUAUCAUACAAGGCGUGAAUUCUCACUGUGAAAGUAUGGCGGAGUCUUCCUCUGUUUCCCUGAUCGAUCUGCUGAUCAGCUAUAAACCACGGGCCUCUGCAUCCUGCUCCUCUUCUUCGUCCCCAUUCCCACCAUCGGUCCUAGCGUUUUCCACAGCAGCAUUGACUGCAGCCUUCGGCCCAGCGAUAAGCCCCCCGCCGAUACCUUCCAGCAUCUUACCACAUCCGUAUAAAACCGCACCACCAGUGAAGAUUGCUGCUCCGGCCAGGAUGAAAGGCGAAGCAAGCACUACGCCGAGCCCCGUCCCGAGGGCCUCGAGGGCCGCGGAGCUUGAGCUCGACGUGGACUGGCCGGGAUUGGAUCCGGCGGGACGCCUGCGCCCUGUGCCGUCGGUGUUGCGCCUGCGACCGCCUGUGGGCUCAUCGUCAGGGGAGAAGCUUCGGCCGUUUUGCUUCUCGUUGCGGCGGUUUGAGCGGCGAGUAGCGCUUCCAGCUUUCACCAAACAACGAUCAGGAGACUUCGACUCGUCUGAGCUCUUGUUCAACAUGACGAAGAAGGUGCUGUAAGGGGGAUGUUGAUAAAGUUCUGGGUAACAGCGCACGUCUCUGGCCAAUAUAAGUGCGCACUCGGUUUUUCC